AUUGGGCGUCUCGCCCGAUGAGCAGGCGGGACACGAGGUCAAAAACGGGACUGUCCCACCUAAAGCGGGACGUCUGGUCACCUUACCUUAGUAUCUUCUGGUAGAGAAGUUAGCUAUUUGUCAUUAGAGUAGUGUCAUUGCUAUCAGCUGACUUUGAAACUUAUAUUAAACCAAUCAAAGCAUGACCAGGGUCUUAUAACUUAGCAUGUUAGGCAUGAGUUUAAACUUAAAAAAUACUCUGUUUAAAAGUUUAUAUAUUGUAUUGAGACAAAUGUUAAUCCCGAAGGCUCAUCAAAAAACAAACAAGUUAAAGCAUUUUUUUACUACUAGGCAUCCAGGUCGCUAUUUGAUACUUUACAUUUAUGACAGUUAAAAUGAGUCAAUGCUUCUGAUACACUUCCUUUGUAAACAGUUACCUGUUUUAGUUAAAAUUUUAUGUCUUGCAUAAUUUUCAGAAUGAAUUCUUGAGCUUGUAUUUUUAUAUUUAUUUUCAUGUGUUAAACCUAAGUAAGGUACCAGACAUUUUGGGAGUGAAAGCGGGACGUGCCGAUCAUGGUGUUGUCAUCGACAAAGAGUGCCGAAAAAAGCAAAAAGUAGUGUGUGUGUAGGGGGAGACACCGAAAGAUAGUAAACUAGGACAAAUUUGAAAUUAUUAAUCAAAAGGCAAUAAGCAACAGCCAAAACCAAAGACACGAAUGCGAAUCAAUGUAUGAUAAUCAGAUUUUUCAAUACAAGCGGGACAUUAACAUUUUAGAUGAAAGCAGAACACUGGAUGUACUGGCGGGACAUUUUAUGAGCAGGCGGAACACCUCAACCUAAGCGAUGAACACAUUUGGAUUGACAUAUACCAAAAUACCUAGAUGUCAAGGACUGAAUGACGGAAAGAAUCCUGAACUACAUUUAGAAAAUUAUUUGAAUAGCAUGACAGUCAUCUUUUUCUUACCACGUGUGCAUUAUAUGUUACGUUUAUUUUAUUCCUUGUUACUUCUUGAGGAGCAUAGGGCCACCACCAGCUGGUGCAACUUACCUUGUAGUUGCAUGGUGGCUUUCAUGCCUUGUCGAUCCACAAAGCUAUAAGUUUGCAUAAUAUAUUAUCUUAAUCAGAUAUGACCUCUGUGAUUGACUUAAUGCAAUCUAAAAUCACACCAUCUAAAUUUGGGAUGCAGGUAAGCCAGGAAAUGAAAUAAGUAGAGUUUUGGUACAGUAUUUUCAAAAUGUAAAACUGUGCCCUGUCAGCAGAAGAACAACCACCAUUUCAUUGGCGGCGGUUUUCUGGGGUCAGGUGCCUUUAGAAAAUGGUACUGACAGACACCAUGCCUAAUUCGGGUGCAUAUCUCAAUUUUAGCAUAAAGCUAGGAAGCUGACAGCUAAACCAAUUAGCAGUCAACUACAGAGGUCAUGGUCAAAAGAUAAAAAUAAAAUCCGGGAUUUCCGUCCAUCAACAAUAAUACUGGGUUAUGAAACAUAUGUUGCGAGUGGCCAUGUAACUCUUGGUAUAUUAUUAUAUCCAUAUUUAUGCGUGAAUGAUUUCUUUAAACACACACAUGCAGAAAUAACAUCGUUAUUUUGUUCACAUCGUUUUCUUUCCAUUACUUGUAUCGUUUGCUAUUCAUACAGUACCAAUAUUCAAAAACGAAUUUGUGUUUUGGGAAAGUAGUGCAAUCCGAAGCGGGUGCUGUUUUUAUGGGACACUACUCCCAUUCAUUACAAAAAAAAAAAAAGAUGUAGACAAUCGCGCCAUCGCCGGAAAAGUACAAGUCUUCGUUAUAAUAAAGGGAUCGUUAGAGCAAUAUUGGCCGAAAUUAACAAAAAUAAUAAUGAGAUGCCAAAAUAAGAGAGCGAUUGAUGGGGAGAGAAAAUGAAAAGCUGUCUUCUGUUCGAAUUUUUCGCCUUGAAAAUCCCUUUUAUCAUUCCGCGCGGUUGUCAUUAUUGUUGUCCACCUCCCAGUCCGAGGGACAGUGAACCCAGACUGUUGUCAAGGAAACUAUACUCCAAGCUUGUACACGGUGUGUGCUAUGGGGACCAAUUUAGUGAGACAUACAAGUCAAACUGAGCGAAAAAAAAGUUUAUUUGAACUCCAGCCGUUAUAGUGAUUUCCCGUGGAUACACUCGAAGCACAAUGGCGGCAGCAAGAAAGGCGAGGAAGGCCAACUUUUCAAAUUGUGAAGAUGUGGCUAUAAUUGAAAGUUAUAGAAAACAAAAGCAUGUACUCCAGAGCAAAUUUAAGUCGACUGUCACAAACAGAAAAAAGCAAACGGCAUGGACUGAAGUGACUAAUGCAGUCAACUCUGUGUCUGCCGUCUGUAGAACAACAAAGGAGGUGAAGGAGCGUUGGGUGAAACUUACAAAAAAAGCAAAAGCACAACUCAGGGCCAGGAAAUACCCUCCGACAUCUUCGGGAAAAAAUGAUGAAAUGGCAAAUUUAGACGUAAUGGCAGACAUCCUUCUUGGAGAGUCGGAUUUGACCGACGGCAUUGCGGAAGGAGGUAUUGAUGCUGGAGACACGCAGCCUAAAUCAGAGAUUGACACACCAACAGACACAGUCCUUGAAAUCAUUGCUGAUGAUGAUGGGACCAUGCAUCUGGCCCCAUAUUCUACCACAGACUGCCUGGCUAUGUCAGUUACUGGCAUCCCUCAUAGGUCAGCAUUUCUGAAAGACUGGACAGAAGUGACAAGGAGUCUUUUCAACUGCAUAGCACCAAUAUGGAUGCUCAUUGCAAAAGACACAUCAAGGUCUCUGGUGAAACAGCUCAAACUGUUCUGAACAGCAUGCCUUACCAUAUGCGCAAUGCAAGCAGUAGUUCUAGAAGCCAGCACAAUGACUCAAAAAAAGAAGUAGAUGAAUUAUGUAAGGAAUAUCUUAAAAAAAGCAUUUUGCUUCGUGAAAAACAGUUAGAAAAAAUUAAUAUUGAAAUAGAAUUUUUGAAAAGAUCACAACAAAUGUCUUAAAGGUAAAGUGAUUUUUCUGUUUCUGUUCUAGUCAGUUAGUUUUUUUGUGUUGUCCUGUGUCUCCAACUACCGAAAUAUCUUAUUAAUAUAGGGCAUGUUUUAGUGUUUAUAUUAAGUGAAUUAUUCUGAAUUUUAUAUUCUUUUUAUCUUCUUUAAAUCAUCUUAUUUUCAGUAUUAGCUGUAUCUUUAUCCUUAAUUACUUGUCUGUUUUUUUCAAGAUUGUUAUACUUUCUCUAUUUCUGUUUUAAACAACAUUGACCGUGGUUGGUGAUGAUAACAGUUAGCUGUAUGAUAACAACAUUUAUCAUGUACAUACAGCUAACUGUAAAGUUGGCAAGAGGUGAUAGAUCUAAGCGUGAGAGUGGCUGAGGAAGAAUACAACAUAUCCAACUUAUCUUUACAACAUAGUGACAGUUUAUUUGCAGAUAUUAAUUUGUUUAGAAUACUCUUCCUUUAUGGGUUCAAAAUUUCUUUGCAACAGAUUGUGCAGAAAGAAAUGAAAAAUAAGUAAAAACAAAAAUAGUAAAAACAUUCAGGCUAUCUCAUGAAGUUGAGCAAUAGACUGGCAAAGCUUCAUUAUACGGUUUUCAGUAAUUUUCUUUUUCGAGUGGUUUUUACAUUUUAAAAAUUAUUUAUGGGAGAACAUUGUAAGUGGUUUUUUGUGCUAGGGCCUCGAAAUACUUAUUUUAAAUCUAGCCUUUUAAUUGAGAACUGUUAUUGUGUUUGACAAUAAUUUGAGAAUUAUUAAGCCAUCACUAUUUACUUUCAAAAAUAUUUCACAUCCAAUGUAAAUUAAUUAUUUUUGACUGCCCACAUUGUGGCUUAUAGCUUUUUGUCAUAUGUAAAUUGUUUUUUGGUAUUUACAUUUGCUGGAAAGACUUAUUUAAACCUAGAUUGCCUAUUGAACCAAGGGUAGCUAUACUAUUUCCGGAAUUUAUAAAAACUAAUAAAUUGAUGUUGAUUGCUAUUUUUAAAUUGUUGGUUUUUUUCGUGAUUAUAAUACUGUUUUCAAAACAGCAAUGAACGCCUGAACCCUGUGGAUAUUUUCCUUAAUGAUCUCUGUGACCAUUACAAUAAACAUGUGUAAUAUGUUGGUUAUCAUUAAUAUGAAUAUGUUGAAAAUGUGUGCAAUACAUUUCAAAUAGAAAAGAUGACAAAUUUGUGAUGUCAUUAUAUAUGUUGACAAAUUCUUUUGAGGGGUAAAUCUUCAUCCUCUCAAAGGAAGGCUCACAGAACAGAAAGCUUGUUAUGAUAACUCAGUUAUAUGUGAAUAAGUGACAGCUCAUUACUCACAUCCCUACAUGCACAUAACCAUACAGUUCUUACAUUCUCAUACAUUCCACACUUACGUGUGUCUCUCCUAUACACAUACAUACACCCACUUUACACAUGUAUGCAUAAGUAAAAAAACCAAAUAUAUACAUGAAUAUAUGCACACACUAACAGGUGGCUUCAUUGUGUUUUAAGUAUUUAGAAAUAAGUUCUGUAUGUCAAAUAUUGUAUAUCGCCAAAGAAUCAUAGACAUGUGGGCCAUAUAAACCAGAGGAAGUCGGCAGCCAAGAACAGCUAGAUCAGAUUUCAAGACAUGGAUGUUGUAAUCAGGAUUAUCACUGCGCACAGAUCUGACACUGCUUUUGUUAAUGAGAGUUAACAGCAAUAAAAUAGUACUGAGCACAGAAA